AUGUCAGUUAAGGAACAUUCACAUACGUUAUUGCAGCUGCAUCCAGACUGGGUUUCUAUGGACUUUGAUAAAUUGGGCAAAUCGUUUUAUAAUAAUGACGGGGUGCCUCUUAGCGAUACUAUCAAGAGUUUAAAGGCAAGAACGUUAAAUGAUGCAUUGCAAAAUAAGAAUACCGAUGCAUUAGCAGAGUAUCUGAGAUCAACAGAAGGGCUAAUAAGUAAUGAGUUCAGAAUGAAAAUCUGGCCGCUUCUAUUGGGAAUUUCUGAUUGGGAGACUGAAGCAUAUGAGGAAACAUCGAAGAAACAAGCAAUGGUGGAUUCGCCGAAUUUAAAAUUGAAUAGACAAUCGGUUACGUCUUUUUUACUUAAUGAUUUAGAUUUGAAUGAUUUACCCCCACAUAAGGAUGAAGACCAAGUCAAAUUGGAUAUACAACGGUCAUUUACUGUGCUAUCGCAGAUGCAAUCUUAUCACCAAUUACAAAACGAAUCGUUUACAGCUAUUUUCUCGAACAGUGAUAUAGACCUGUUGAAGAAGAGCCUAUUAAAUAUCAUAAUCAAGAUACUUAGAAAAUAUCCAUGUCUUAACUAUUAUCAGGGCUAUCACGAUAUAGCAAGUAUUAUUUUAAUUGUUUGCUAUGAACAAAACGGCGAAGCGAAUCCGUCAAAAAAUGAAGAAUUGGCGUUUAAAUUAUUGGAAAAACUUACCGUAUUUCACUUGAGAGAUUAUAUGAUUACCGAUAUAAACCUUUCCAUCAAUCAUUUAAAAUUGAUUCCAAGCUUACUAGAGGUAACUGAUACAGACUUAUUUGAAUUGAUCAAGCAAUCAAGUAACUCGUAUAUUAUGUCAUCUGGCUUUCAUUAUGAUUAUAACUUCUAUCAAGGUUUAUCAUCCAUUUUGACUUUUUACAGUCAUGAUCUAAAUAAUUUGCAUCAACUAUUAAUAAUAUGGGACUUUAUAUUAAGUUACAACUCCGUGGUUGUCAAUGUUUAUCUAUAUGUCGCUCUAUUGAAAUUUCAUAAAGAAGAUAUAUUCAACGAAUUAGAUAUAGAUCCGAGUGACUUGAUUAAUUCAGGAGAAGCAGAUAUCGACAUUGAUUUAGUGCAUACUUUAGUAUCCCCUAAUAACUUAUUUAAGUCUAUGACUGAUUCUGAUCUUAAUCAGAUUUUAAAUAAGACAAGGACUUUGAUUGAAAGCUAUUUAAUCAGUGAUAUUGAGAAUUCAGACGUUACAUACGAUGUUUGGUUCAAGGAAUUUAAUCAGAAUUCUGUCCUAUUAAACACAUCAGACAUUCUUGUCGACAGCAAAACUAAAGAUCUUAAAUAUAACUAUUUAAUAGUUGAUGAUGAAAAUCCACCGGAUUCUUCAUUAAAUGAUCUUGUUCAACUUCAAGAUGAAGAAAUGUCAAAGCAAACUGUUUAUAACAUAUCACUUCAACAAAAGUUACUAGAGCAACAAGAAGAAUUAUCAAACUCCACUUCUGAUCUUGACACUAGUCUACCAAAUCUGUUAUCUUCGUCUAUUACAAGUUUUACGUCAGCAUCGUCGUCAAUAAACACUAAGAUCGCUAAUACUUCGUCGAUGAUAUUCAAAAAAUUGUUUUACCAUGAUAUUUCACCAACGCCGGAAGGCAAGCUUAACAACAACAAUAAACAUAAUGUUCUUUCAACUAACUUUUACAGAAUUAGCUUUACCGUUGGAUUUAUUGGAUUUAUGAUGCAUUUCUUGUUGAUUAAAAACGAUCCAAGUUAUCAAAGUUUAAAUAUCACAAGACUCGUAUCAGGCUCCUUGUCAAUGAUCCAAAAGUGUGGAUCUCAAUUACUUGACCUGGAGUCUAUCAGGUCAGUAUCUGACUUUGUCGUUAAAGCGAGUAAUGGGUUGGUAUACGAAACAGGGGAAGCUAUACGCGGAAUGUAUACUUCAUUAAAGGAUUCGGAAAUUGUGAACAGCGGAAUAAAUAUUGGUCAGAUUGGUUUGGGAAACUUAAGAAAUAACAUUUAUGGGUUUAUUGGAUAG